CCUGGGACCACACACGGGUCUGGGGAGGUGCAGCCUCUGUGUGUGGGCAGCAGCGAGUCCUGGGAUACCCGAACAUCCCACCCCAGCUUUUCCAGCGGGACACGUCCCUCGAGCCCUGGCCGGGUGGCCCCGGGCCGUGUCACAGGAAGCUGUGGAGAGUCAGCCCAGGCAGGCGAAUCGCUGCUGGCGGUCCCUCCCGGGAUGGCCAGAGCUCCGCCAGGCACAGAGCAGCGCGGAGAUGCCGCUCCCGUCCCUCCGUGCUCUGCUCUGGCUCCUCCUGCUGCUCCCAGGUUCCACAGCUCCCACAAACUCCUCCACCCCUGCUGGAACAGGUCCAUCCCAAUCAACGGCACCCAGCCCUGAAGCCAAGAACCACAGCUCAGAGCCAUCAGUAAAAUCAACACCACUGACCAACCUGAGCCUCACCUCUGUGGGUCAAACUACUACAGCCAAACCCUCCCCCACCACUACAACAGCCCUGACAGCAACCACUGAGCGAGAUGAUAAGUCCAGUGGAAACAGAAGCACAGCAGCUCCUUCUCCAGCACCUCAAGGUCAGGAUUCCAUGAGGAAUGAGAGCACCACAACAUCAGCAACUCAAGGUGCUUCCUCCUCACAGACAGGCACCUCAAAACCCAUCACCCCAGCACCCAACUCCUCCAGCCAAUUGCCCGAGCCCACCCCGACAGACGAGAAAUCACCGCUGACGGUGGCAGCUUUUGGUGUCAUCAGCUUUGUCAUUAUCCUGAUCGUGGUGGUCAUCAUCCUGGUCAGCGUGGUCAGCCUCAGGUUCAAGUGCAACCAUUCCAAGGACUCGGAAGACAAACAGAAACCAGGAACCUCCAUGGUAUCAGAGAGCUGCUCAGCAGACACGAGCCAGAAGGGCAACAGCAUCACUCUGAUCUCCAUGAAGAACAUCAACACCAACAACAGCAUGAGCUACCCCCUGUCAGAAAAGGUGCUAUGAAGCCAAGAGCCCAGAGCUUGAAGCUGACAUGUGACAACCAGCAGUGGCUUUCUAGGUUCUUUUUAUUUUUCCUUCGGGGAAGGAGCAAGGGUGGACUUCAUGUAUAAAUUAUUAUGUCUUUUCUUACCAGUACAUUUAAAGUAGUGUCCUACAUAGCUUUCCCACCUGGGGCCUAAGGGCUUUCUCCACUUACAGCCUGCCACACUCAGUGGUUGAUAUGUAACUCUAUUUUUGAUAUGCCUUCAAACACUCAGAUAAUUCCAGCAGCAAGAAGCACCAAGGCACCAUCCACUCCACUAAUAAACCUCUGCCUUAGAUGAAUGGCCUUUAUAGUCUGUGCCAGGCAGUCAUGGGCUCGUUAAUCAGCAUAGCCCCACGUGGAGCCAGACCCGUGCUUGGGAAAGCUGAUCCGAAGCUGAAGGCCUGAUGGGACUGAAAUGCCUAAGUUCUGGGUCAAAUCCCAGCAUGACUGCUCCAAGCCCCUUAUCCCUGGUGCCCUCAUUGUCCCCACAGCAGUGGGAUGGUCACAUCACAUCCCCCAACCUCACAGGGCUGUUGUGAGGCCUCGUUAAUCCCUGUCUGUAAAGCGUUUGGAGAGCCGUGAAUUAAAGGUGCUGCUGAAAUGCAAAUUGCCAUCUCAAACACUUUAUUAUUAAGAUUAUUAUUCAUAACAACAGAGCUUCGGGAAGGCAGAUCGUUAUCUCCCCACGUGCUCAGCUGAAGUGUAAGGAACAAAGUCCCUGCAUAGAUCAGGGUUUAUCUCAGUGUAAAAUGAAUGGCCACAAGCAAAAUGCUGAGCUCCUUCAGCUCCUGGAGUGUGGCAGCCCAAGUUUGCCAGGGGAGCUUCCAAGGGAAAUAUAGGCUGGAUAUUAGGAAAAAGUUUUUCACACAAAGAGUGAUAAAGUUCUGGAAUGGCUGCCCAGGGAGGUGGUGGAGUCCCCAUCCCUGGGUGUGUUUAACAAAGCCUGGAUGUGGCACUAGGUGCCAGGGUUUAGUUGAGGUGUUGGGGCUGGGUUGGACUUGAUGAUCUUGAAGGUCUCUUCCAACCAAGUGAUUCUGUGAAUUCUAUGUGAUCUUCACCACUGCUUCCCCAAAGCUUC